CAGAGGUUCAGAAAGGUCAAGGGUCAGAACAAACUUCCUCGAUACCUACAAAUCCCGGCCUACACAUCCUGCCAUGUGGAUUAGCUGUCAAGAUGCAAUGCAUGCGUGUCUUCACACUUAUGUGUAUAUUGUUAUUAUCUUCAAACACGACCUAUGUGACAGGAGAUGACGAAGAGGACGAAGAUCCCGUGAAAAAGGCAACUUUAUGUGAAGUUUGUAAAUUCUUAGCCACUGAGCUAAGUGAUAGGUUACAUGAAACCGGCAAAUCGAAAGAGGUGUUGGAAACUGGUCAUGGCCUGGACAAAAAGAAGAAGAGAGUUAAAUAUCAGACGUCGGAGUUGAGAUUGAUAGAAGCCCUCCAAGAGCCUCAUAUAUGUGAAAAAAUCCUGAAGUAUAAAGUCCACAAGGAAAAGAAGGGAUCACUGAGAUUUAACAAAAAGGAAAGUGAAACUAUGGAAACCCUGCAUGGUUUAGUGAACAAGGGAGUGAAGGUAGACCUGGGCAUUCCUAUGGAGAUGUGGGACACACCCUCUGCUGAGGUUACUGACAUGCAAAGGAAGUGUUUUAAGAUGGUAGAGGACCAUGAGGAGGACAUUGAGGACUGGUACUUCCACAACCAGCACCGUGACAUCAUGGACUACCUGUGUGCUGAUCUGGUGCUUGGCAGGGCCAACAAAGAGUGCCUGUAUGAAUCUGAUGCUCCACAACUAGAGGAUUCCUCAGACUCAGAAAAUCAAGAUAAAAAGCCAAGGUCUAAGAUAAAUAAAGGAAAGUCAAAAGGUGAGAAGGGAGAUAAAUUCCAAGAAAAUGGUAGAGAUGAACUUUAAUGACUACAAGUACGCAAGUACUAAAAUCUCAGAUAUGCGUUUGUAAUCUCCUGAAUGCAAGUGCUAAACACUCAAAGUAGAUGUGUUAUCUCAGGAUAGAUUGGUUCGAAUCUCUAGGACAGGCGUUAUCAAAUCCCUGGAACAAGUACAUUCAAGCAGACGGAUCAAAUUGAACAUUAAUUCAGAGAAGGGAUUACGAAUGAUCUGCUGGAAGCUAAAAAUAUUACAUGUUAAGACUCAACUUGCUGAAGGACUUAGUGUGCUUAUGCAAUGCUGAAGUGUCAGCCAUUCUUCAUCAACUAUUCCUGAAGGGACUGGACUUAAUCUUUUAUGGAGCAUUCCUGAGCCAUCUGGAUUCAUUCAUGCAAAAAUAAAGGACUGAUUUUAAAUUCAAGAUAUGAUCCCUCUGUCAUCUGAUCGGCUAAGGCAUUUUUUAACUUUUCAAGAUCAGCAUUACAAAUUCUAACCAGAUUUGGAAUAAACAAUUCUUUAAUGAUCCUGAAAGGUUUUUUUAUUACUUUUUGGUUGAUUCAAAAUUCAAGAGGGUCAUUAUUUCCUCUGAUUUGCCAAAACAUUUUCAAUUUUUGCUCAAGCUAAAGCCACCACUAUAAAUAGAAUCAGUGUGAAUAAUCCAAUACUGGUCCAGAAUAUGGGUUUUAAUCUUAGGAUUGAUAUAAAACCUAUAAUGGCCACCUUAGCAAUUCUUUAACCAAGUAACUUAUUUGGAUGAAAUAAGUUGGUGAGCCACGCUGCCUUUUUGAUAUGCAACUGCCAGUUACCAUGCUGUACUUAACAUAGUAAUUUUUGUUAAUAGAGUAAACAAUGUGUUAAUACACGUUAGAGGGCUGACUCUCACAAACCAAGUGUUCACUAGCUUUUAUAUAUCGUUUUGUCUGUUCUAGGUUGUAAUAUAUUUAGAUAGUUAAGUGAUCAUGAUUUUUCAGUACAUCUACAGCUGACACCUUGGGUACCAAAGGAACCAAAAGCCAUUUGGGAAGAUUUGUUGAUUCAGAAUAUUUUGUUGAUCCUUUGAUUUGAAGAGUUCCCAGUGAAACAAGAGCUAUCAGCAUUCCGAAAUGUUUCAUAUGGUUUUAGAAAAUGAAAAAAAUAAUCUUGUCUGCUUACCGCUUAAAAUGUCCAAGGUUUCUGCUAAUAAUUUCAAAUAGCUAUACAUAAUUAUUAUAUUUCAUAAGUAAACCAUACUGUAAGUACUGUAUAAUGAUUAAACAGUAGCUCUGUUUCAUUAAGUUAUGUACAUUGUUUCCUUGUUGUACAUCAGCUCUGUCCAUCACCAUCUCCACUUGUUGAAUGAAAAAUGCCAGCUUUUAAUUAAAUUAUUUUUCCAUAUUACUAAA